AUGGUCGUGCAGAACUUCCGGGACUACGUCGAGAAGCACUGCCCAAGAAGCGCCGUGGUGCCGGUGGAGCUGCAGAAGCUGGCCCGGGGCAGCCUGGAGGGCGGCGGGCGGCAGCGGUCCCCACAGACCCCGCUGCUCCUGCUGGUAGACACCAACAACCGCCUGCACCGCCUCUACGGCGGCUUCUACACCGACUGGGUCAGUGGCGGCCAGUGGAACCACAUGCUCGGCUACCUGGCAGCGCUGGCCAAGGCCUGCUUCGGCGGCAGCAUCGAGCUCUUCGUCUUCUUCAAUGGCGCGCUCAAGAAGGCCCAGCUACACGAGUGGGUCAAGCGGCAGGGCAACGAGCGCCAGAUAGCUCAGCAGAUCGUCAGCCAUGUCCAGAACAAGGGCACCCCGCCGCCCACGGUCUGGUUCCUGCUGCCUGUCUGCAUGGCCCACUGCAUUCACCUGGCGCUCAUCUGCUUCCACGUCAAGGUUGCACAGAGCAUUGAGGAUCACCAUCAAGAAGUGAUUGGUUACUGCAGAGAGAACGGUUUCCAUGGCUUGGUUGCAUAUGACUCUGAUUAUGCACUGUGCAACAUCCCCUACUACUUCAGUGCCCAUGCCCUAAAACUGAGCCGGAACUGGAAAAGUCUCACAACAAGCCAAUAUCUGAUGGAUGAAGUUGCCAAGCAACUGGACCUGAAUCCAAAUCGUUUUCCUAUUUUUGCUGCUCUAUUAGGAAAUCACAUUCUACCUGAUGAAGAUCUGGCUUCCUUUUCUUGGAGUUUACUUGGUCCAGAACAUCCACUAGCCUCACUAAAGGUCUGGGCCCACCAGCUGGUCUUGCCACCUUGCAAUGUUGUGAUCAAAGCUGUUGCUGACUACGUCCACAACAUUCAGGACACCUCUCACUUGGAUACCAUAGCUAAAGAUGUUUUCCAGCAUUCACAGUCUAGAACAGAUGACAAAGUUAUUCGAUUUAAGAGAGCAAUUGGAUAUUAUUCAGCGACUAGUAAGCCUAUGUCAUUUCAUCCAACACAUUACUUAGCCAGACCUGGUCCAUUUGGAAUGCCUGGGAUAGUGCCACGGCACGUUUCUCCUCAGAUGCUCAAGAUUCCUCAGGCCUCUCUGUAAGCAAAGCCCAUAGCCCCACAAGUGCCCAGCUCAGGGAGUGUCCCAGGCCAAGGACCAUACCCAUACAGCCUCACUGAGCCAGCUCUCACUUUGGACACGAGCGAGAAGAAUUUAAUGGAGCAGAACAACUACAGCAACAUUCCUCACGAAGGGAAACACACACCACUGUAUGAGCAGUCCUCGCCCAUCAACUGAGCCCAGAGUGGCAGCCCCAGUCAUAUGGAUUCUGCCUACUUUCCUGGCUCUUGUAUAUCGUCAUCUUCAGACAACGAUGAGGAAAGUGGAGGGGCAACAAAUCAUAUCAGCGGGAACAAGAUUGGCUGGGAGAAGACAGGAAGCCACUCAGAGCCUCAGGCACGGUGAGACCCAGGAGACCAAACAAAGGCAGAAGGUUCGUCCACUGCCUCUUCAGGAAGCCAACUAGCCAAAGGCAAGGGAAGCCAGAUGGGCACUGUCCAGCCAAUCCCGUGCCUGCUCUCGGUGCCCACCAGGAACCACAUGGACAUCACCACACCUCCCCUGCCCCCUGUUGCACCUAAGGUACUGAGAGUGGCUGAGCACAGGCAGAAGAAGGGGCUGAUGUACCCUUACAUCUUCCAUGUCCUGAAGAAGGGUGAAAUCAAAAUUGCUGUUUCUAUUGAAGAUGAAGCCAACAAGGACCUGCCUCUGGCUGCUCUGCUCUAUAGGCUAAUUCGUCAGCAUGUUUACGGACUCCUGUUUAGUUUGGCAGAAAGCCGAAAGAAAACAGAGAGACUUGCUUUUAGAAAGAACAGACCUAAUGAACUUCCACCAGAAUUCUCACCAGUGAUCAUUAAAGAAUGGGCAGCUUACAAAGAGAAGUCUCCUCAAACUCCGGAACUGGUAGAAGCUCUUGCCUUCAGAGAGUGGAUCUGCCCCAACCUGAAGAGGCUUUGGCUAGGCAAGGCAGUGGAGGACAAGAACUUCAGUAUGAGAGCCUUCCUAGCCUGCAUGAGGUCAGAUACCCCUGCCAUGCUCAACCCUGCCAACGUGCCCACUCACCUUGUGGUGCUCUGCUGCAUCUUACGGUACAUGGUGCAGUGGCCAGGAGCACGCAUCCUGUGUCAUCAGGAGCUGGAUACCUUCCUGGCUCAAGCACUGUCCCCCAAACUCUAUGAGCCUGAUCAGCUACAGGAGCUCAAGAUUGAGAACCUACACCCCCGGGGAAUUCAGCUGUCAGCUCUCUUCAAGAGUGGAGUAGACAUGGCAUUGUUUGUAAAUGAUGCGUAUGGACAGCCAAUCCCCUGGGAACACUGUUGUCCUUGGAUGUAUUUUGAUGGGAAGCUCUUCCAAUCCAAACUCCUCAAAGCCAGCCGGGAAAAGACCUCACUCAUUGACCUCUGUGAUGGUCAGGCUGAGCAGGCUGCCAAAGUGGAGAAGAUGUGCCAGGGUGUACUGGAGGGGCUCAACUUCUCCUGGCAGAGCCACACACUCCCUUUCCCGCCACCUCCCGCCCUGCCCUUCUACCCCGCCUCUGAAUAUACUCGGCACUUCAGGCCUGUCCCUCCCUCUCAGGGCAGGGGCAGAGGCUUUGCAGGAGUCUGUGGCUUUGGAGGCCCCUAUGGGGAAAUGGUAGCGACGGGCCCUUACCAUGCCUUCUGGGUGCCGACAGCAUCAGGACACUGCGGAGCCUUCUCAGGCAGUGACAGCAGCAGGACUAGCAAGUACCAGGGCGGAGUCCAGCCUAUACAUUCUCAGGGAGGGAAACUAGAAAUAGCUGGCACUGUGGUUGGCCACUGGGUUGGGAGCAGAUGGGGCCAUGGGGGUCGGGGACCUUUCCCCUUGCAAGUGGUUUCUGUUGGAGGACCAGCAAGAGGGCAUCCACGAGGAGUUAUUUCUACCCCAGUCAUUAGAACAUUUGGAAGAGGUGGAAGAUAUUAUGGCAGAGGUUACAAAAACCAAUCAGCAAUUCAGGACAGACCUUAUGCUGCUUCAGCAGAAGAAGUGGCCAAAGAACUUAAGUUGAAAUCUGGGGAAUCGAAGUCCUCUGCUAUGUCUUCAGACGGGUCUCUGGCUGAAAACGGAGUGAUGGCCAAGGAGAAGCCAGCUCCCCAGAUGAACGGGAGCGCCGGCAACGCCAGGGCCCUCAGCCACUCCGAAAGUGCCUUGAACAAUGACUCUAAAACGUGCAAUACAAAUCCUCAUUUAAAUGCACUAAGUACAGACAGCACUUGCCACAGAGAGGCUGCUCUGGAGACAGCUGUCUUAAAUAAAGAAGAGUAAACUCAUUUUUUAUAGAGGGUGAAGGAUGCUGGAAGGGUAAGGAUUUAGGAAUAUCUGGAGAGAAAGAGAGCCUACAGUU